AUGGUACGAGAAAGUAGUAUUGCUGAAAAAUAUUGUAAACAAAUAAUUGAUAAAAUUAAACAAGAAACAAAAAUGAUCGAAGAACAAAAUAAUAGUAUUCAUAUAUCAUCAUCAUCAUCAUCACCUAAAUUUGCAGCUAUUACUUCAAAGCAAGAUCAAUACGGCAAUAGUAUACUUAUUCACAUUAUUUUAUUAUUAAUUUUUACAGAUAUUAAUAGAAAAAAGUUCAGGCAAAUUAAACAUAGCAAUCCUCAGUGCAAUCAUUCCGAUCAUCGAAGACGACGUCUUAAACGGUAA